AUGGUUUCAAUAGCUAAAACUACUUAAACUUAAUAUAUUUAUGAAAAUAUAACUAAAGAUGUUUAAAUUACAUAUAAAAAUAAUGAUUAAUUUAAUAGUGAUAGAAAUAAUACAUAUGAUUUCUUACCUAUAUUUUAAUCUGUUUGUAAAUUGCUGAAAUAACUACAAAAUUAAGAGAUGAUAUAUAAAAGAAAUAAAAAUAAAUAUAAUAUAUAAUAGAAUUAAAGUAUACAUAAUACUAUAUUAAUAAAAGAAGAUAGAUUAAGAUGAUAGUGAAAAGAAAACAAUUAAAUAAAUUUAUUAAAAUAUUGCUUAAUUAAAAUACUAAUAAGUAUUAGAAAGAUUAUUGCAAUAGUAAUAAUCCCCAGAGGAAAUAUUAUAAAAUAAUUUUAAAAAAUAUCAAGAAAUUGUAAAUGAUUUAAUAAUUGCCAGAAAUCUUAAUUUUUAGGAAAACUCUUUAGAAUAGCUUAUGAUUUUAAGUUUCAUGAUAUGUUGAAUUUUAGAAAUAUUAUUAAAAGAUAAUAUAAAAAACAUAUGUGGGCUGCCCACAUGGCUGUAUUCUUUGGAUAACUAAGAAUGAAUAAGAGUUAAAGAGAGAGAGUAGCUUAAUUGAAGAUUAAUUAAUAAAUAUAUUUACAAUAAUUAAACAUGUAUUGA